AUGGGGGGAGAUGGAGGAAGUUUACCUCAACGAGUUGAUUUAGUUAAAAUGAAAAACAAAAAAUUGAAAGAAAAUAUUGGAAGUCUAGGAUAUGAAAAAAAUACACUUGUUACUAUAACCCAAAAUAAAUAUAACAAAAAAGAAUUAAAGGAGUAUUAUUUUAAUCAUUGUGCAAUAUCACAAGAGCCAAUUUUUUGUUGUCGUCUUGGGUAUCUAUAUAACAAAGAGAAUAUUUUAAAGUUAAUUUUGUUUAGGAAGCAAAAUAAAAAAAAGAGAAAAAGAGAUAUAUAUGAGAAAUUUUCUCAUAUAGAUUCACUUAAAGAUCUGGUUGUUUGUAAAAAUAAAUUAAAUGAAGAAAGUAAAUUAAUAUGUUUAAUUUCAAAUGAAAUCAUUAAUUCAACAUCGGGAGGGAUCUGCAUAUUUUCAUGUGGUUGCGUAUUUUCAAAAAAAGUUUUUAAUCACAUAAAUAAUACAGAUGAAAACUUAUGCAUAAUAUGUAACAAAAAAUAUAAAUUAAGUGAUAUUAUUGAAAUAGGAAUAGAUGAUGAAUCAAUAUUAGAAGAAAAAAAAAAAAUUAUUAGAAAAAAAAAAUUAAAUAAAAAUAAGGAAUUAUCAAGAAAAAAUAAAGAAAUAUCCAAUAAUAAAGAAGAAAAAAAAAAGAUAAAACAAAUAAAAGAAUAA